AUGGCCACCAAGCAGCGCCUCGAUGUUGGCCCGUACGCCGACGGCGACGCGGCGGACUUCGCCAAGUUCGUGCUGCGCCUCAACGCGUCCAUCGCCAUGAGCGAGAAGGAGCGCCUGCUGCACGAGAAGGCGGCGGUCCGGCGGCAGCGAAACGACCUCGUCGCCGCCGAGGCGGCGUCGCGCCUCGCGGAGCGCGAGCGCGGCAAGGCGGCGCGCGUCGUCAACGACGGCGAGCGCCGCAAGGCGCGCGAGGCCGCGGCGGCGCGGGAAGCGGCGGCGGCGGCGGCGGCGCGCGAGGCCGCGGCGGCGCGGGAAGCGGCGGAGGCGACCGCGGCGCGCGAGGCCGCGGAGGCCGAGGCGCGCGAGGACGCGGCGCUCGCGGCGGCGUCGCUGCGCGCGCGCGAGGCCGAGGCGGCGUCGCACCGGCGGAGCGCCGAGGACGCGCGCGCCGAGGCCGCGGCCGCGCGGCGCCGCGAGCGGGCGCUCGAGACCCGCCUCGCGGCGCUCGAAGCGCGGCUCGACGCGCCGCCGCCGGUCCCGGACCCGGUCCCCGCCGCGCCGCAACCGCUCGCGGACGAGGCGCGGCGCGCGCUGCGGCGCGUCCGCGCGGCGCUCUCGAUCGGCCCGCCGCGGCCCGCGUUCGAAGACGUCGCGAUCGACGCGGCCGAGCCGCCGCGGCUCGCCCCUCCCGCGCUCGCGGCCGACGCCGCGCCGGCGCCGGCCGUCGACGUCUCCGAGGUGCCCGCGGCGUUCACGGCGCUCGUCGCCGAGGCCGUCGAGGCGCGCGUCGCCGCGCGCGACGCCGCGCGAAGCCGAGCGUACGGCGCCGCGCUCGCGGCCCUCGAGAGCGAGUGCGCCGCGGCGCUCCGGGCCGUGCUCGCGCAGCGCGACCCGCUCGAGCGGCUCGACGGCCAGGCGAGCCGGGACCUCGCGGAGGCGGAGCGAAGCGCCGCGGAGCGGCUCCGAGACCGGGAACACGAGGCCGCGCUCGCCGACGCGAAAGCCGCGCGCGCCGCGGAGCUCGACGCGUUAAAGGCGAGCCACGACGCGGCCCUCGCCGCAGCGGCCCGCCACGCGAAGCGCCUCGAGGCGGAGCUCGCGACGACGCGCGACCUGCUCGCGACGACGGCCCUGUCGCGGGACCGGGCCGUGCGGGACCUCGAGGAGCGGGACGCGUCGACGCUCCAGGACCGGCGCGAGGACGCGCUCAUGGACGAGUCCGCGAAGCGCUUGGACGCGGAUUUGAGGUCCCAGGUCGACGCGCUCCGCCGGGAGCGCGACGAGGCGCGCCUGGCCGCCGCGCAGCAGAAGAAGAUCGCCGAGGUCGCGUCGUCGCGGCGCCGCGACCGCCUGCGGUCCAAGUCGCCGCGCGCGCGGCCGCCGGCGAAGCACGACAAGCACGACAAGCACGACUACGUCAAGGAGAACGCGCGGCACCACGCGCGGAAGCCACACAUCCACGACGUCGAGAGCCACCACCCUGGCACCGAGCGGUCCACGCCGCGCGGCACGUCGGCGUUCGCGGCGGCGGCGCACCGCCGGUCGUCGGACCCCUUCGUCUACGCGCGCCACGACUCGACGCCGGGCCCCGGCGCCUACGACCCCCACGCCAUCGAGGGCCACGCGCCGACGCCGGACCUCGCGGACCACCACCGCGACGACGCGUCGUUCACGAUGGAGGACGCGCGCGGGCCCGACGCGCCCGAGGCGGGCCACGAGGAGUACCACGACAUCGCCAACUACCUCCGCGCGCCGCCGCCGCCCGGUGGCUACCAGCAGCCUCCGCGCGGCUACCAGCAGCCGCAGCAGAUGCGCGCGGCGCCGCAGGGCUACGCGCCGCCGGGCGCGGCGCCUCAGGGCGGUUUCCAGGCCCCGCGGGCCAUGGCGCCUCAGGCCCCGCGCGGCUACGCGGCGCCGCAGUCGGCGCCGCAGGCCCCGCGCGGCUACGCGGCGCCGCAGUCGCAGCAGGCCCCGCGCGGCUACGCGCAGCCGCAGCAGGCGCAGGCGCCGCGCGGCUACGCGGCGCCGCAGGGCCAGCAGGCGCCGCGCGGCUACGCGGCGCCCCAGGCCCCGCGCGGCUACGCGGCGCCGCAGUCGGCGCCGCAGGCCCCGCGCGGCUACGCGGCGCCGCAGCAGGCGCAGGCGCCGCGCGGCUACGCGGCGCCGCCGGGCCAGGCGGCGCCCGCGGCGCCCCGGGGCUACGCGGCGCCCCGCGGCGCGCCGCAGACCGCGCCGCAGGGCGGCUUCCGGCCGCCCGCGGCGCCCGCGGCGCCCGCGGCGCCCGCGAAGCCGGCGUUCCAGGCGCCGAAGCCCAUGGCGCCGCCGGCGACGUACGCGGCCGGCGGCGCGGCGCCGCCGCGCGGCGCCGCGCCGGGCUCCUACGCGCCGCCCGGCGGCGCGCCGCCGGCGCCGCCGAAGACGUUCCAGGGCUACGCGCCGACGGGCGCCGCGCCGCCCGCGCAGCCGCCGACGGCCCAGUUCGGGUCCAUGUCGGUGGGCGGCGGCCCGCCGCCGCCCGGCGGCGGCGCGCCGCCGCCGCCCGGCGGCGCGCCGAAGCCGCCCCAGACGUUCCAGGGCUACAGCCCCGCGGGCGCCCAGCAGCCGCAGCAGGCCGCCGCGCCGCCCGGCCCGCCCGGCGCGCCGCAGCCGCCGCAGCCGCCCGCGUCGUCGCAGCAGUUCCAGGGCUUCCAGCCCGGCGCGGGCCAGCCGGCGCCCGGCGCGGCGCCCGGCGCGGCUACACCGGCGGCGCCCGUCGUCAUCGACGAGGCGGCCCAGUGCGACCCGCGCUUCAUGCGCUGCACGGUGGGCAAGCUCGCGAACAGCGCGCAGACGGCCGCCGCGUCGAAAGUCCCCAUCGGAAUCGUCUGCCAGCCCAUGGCGCUGGACACGGACCACGAGGCGCCGCUGGACGUGGUCAACUUCGGGUCCACGGGCAUCGUGCGCUGCAAGAAGUGCCGCGCCUACGUGAACCCCUUCGUGUCCUGGGUCAACAACGGCCGCCAGUGGCGCUGCAACGUCUGCGGCUUCGUGAACGACGUGCCCAACUCCUACUUCUGCCAGCUCGACCCGGAGACGGGCGAGCGCCGCGACAAGCAGCAGCGGCCCGAGCUCUGCAAGGGGUCCGUGGAGCUCGUGGCGCCCGGCGAGUACAUGGUGCGGCCGCCGCAGCCGCCGGUCUUCGUGUUCGUGAUCGACGUGUCCGCGGGCGCGGUGGCCACGGGCAUGCUCGGCGUCGUCGCGAAGACGAUCCGCGCGUCGCUGGACGGUCUGCCGGGCGCGCCGCGGACCCAGGUCGCCGUGAUCACCUUCGACGCGUCCGUCCACUUCUACAACCUGAAGGCGUCGCUGAGCCAGCCGCAGAUGGUCUGCGUGCCGGACCUGUCGGACCUGUUCGUGCCCCUGCCGGACGACCUGCUGGUGAAUUUGGCGGAGUCGCGGUCCGUGGUGGAAGCGCUGCUCGACGCGCUGCCGGCGAUGCACUCGGCGUCGUCGCCGUCGUCCGCGUCCGCGCUCGGGCCGGCGUUGACGGCCGCGUACCGCGUCAUGGGCCACGUCGGCGGCAAGCUCUGCGUCUUCCAGGCGGGCCUGCCGAACUGCGGCGAGGCGGCGCUCAAGAUGCGCGAGAACCCGCGGGUCUACGGCACGGAGGGCGAGCGCGCUUUGCUCCACGCGGAGCCGUCGGGGCCCGGCCCCGACGCGGUGUCGUGGUACGAGACCAAGGCCGUGGAAUUCAGCCGGCUCCAGAUCUGCGUCGAGCUCUUCGUCGCCGCCCACACCUACGCGGACGUGGCGACGCUGGGGCUCUUGCCCAAGAUCACGGCGGGCCAGCUCUACUUCUACCCGGGGUUCAAGGCGUCGCACGACGGCGAGAAGCUGGCCACGGAGCUCGCGCGCGCGCUCACGCGGCCCACGGGCUUCGAGGCCGUCAUGCGCGUGCGCUGCACGCGGGGCCUGCGCGUCGCGGCCUUCCGGGGCAACUACUACAUCCGGGGCCACGACCUGCUGGCUUUACCGAACUGCACGCCCGAGUCGGUCUUCGAUUUGGAGAUCGCGCACGACGACCAGCCGCUGACGGCGUCCGUGGCGUCCAUCCAGGCGUCCCUGCUCUACACGACGUCCUCGGGCGAGCGGCGCAUCCGCGUCCACACCAUGGUCGCGCCCGUGUCCGGCGACGUCGGCGCGAUCGCCGAGUCCGCGUCGGUGGACGCGUUGUGCAACGUCGUCGCGAAACGGGCCGUCGACGUGGCCCUCAAGCAGGGUUUGGAGGCGUCGCGCCAGAAGCUCCAGCAGCUCUGCGUGGACGUCGUCGGCGCCUGCCGCCACGCGGGGCAGCCCGGCGCCGCGGCGCCGGGCGCGGGGGGCAUGCCGUACGCGCGCCGGCCCGGCGCGCCGGCCGCGCCCGCGGCGCCCGGCCCCAACGGCCAGGCCCAGCCCCCGAAGCUGCCGGAGUCGCUCCAGCUCCUGCCGCUCUACACCAUGGCGCUCCUCAAGUCCGCGGCGUUCCGCGGCGGCGCGGACGUCCGCGCGGACGAGCGGUCGUACGUGCUCCAGAAGCUCGACAACAUGUCGCCGGACCAGACGCGCUACUUCGUCUACCCGCGGUUGUUCGCCCUGCACCAGCUCCCGGCGGAGGCGGGCAAGCGGAGCGCGGCCGCCUUCGCGUUCCCGCCGCCCGCGAACCUCUCCGCGGAGAGCGUGAGCAGCGACGGCGUCUACCUCCUCGACGACUCGCUCGCGCUCGCCGUCUGGGUCGGCGCCGCGGCGAACCCCCAAUUGCUCGAGGCGCUCUUCGCGCUGGACGAGGCGGGCGAUGUCGCGCUGAAGCCGGACCCGCGCGACGACUCGCUGCUCGGCCGCGCGUGGGGCAUCGUCGAGAAGCUCCGCGAGACGCGGCCGCCGACGCUCGCCAUCUCCGUCUGCCGCGAGGGCGACCCGACGAAGCAGCCCGCCUUCUUCCGCCACCUCGUCGAGGACCACGCCAACUUCGCCGGGGGCCAGUUCUCCUACCAGGAGUUCAUGGCCCACAUCCAGCGCCACGCCUAG